AUGGCGCCACGAAACCACCCGGUGACGGUGUGGCUCCUCCCCGGGGCCAUGCUGAUGCUUCUGUCCGCGGCCGCCGCGGCGGCCCAGGGCUGCGCGGCCGCCAGGUUCCAGGCGUCGGCGAGGUCGUUCCAGCGGUGCACGGCGCUGCCCGUGCUCGGCGCCACCCUGUACUGGACGUACCACCCGGCGAACGGCACCGCGGACCUCGCGUUCCGGGCGCCGCAGGGCGCCGGCGGCUGGGUCGCCUGGGGCAUCAACACCGACCGCCCCGGUAGCAUGGUCGGCAGCAGCGUGUUCGUCGCCUCGCCCGGCGCCGGCGGCGGCGCGGCCGUCCUGACGACCGUCCUCGAGAGCACGUCGCCCAGCCUGACCAACGGGACCCUCAAGUUCGACGUGCCCGUCGCGCCCGCCGCCGAGUACGCGGGCGGCGCGUACACGAUCUACGUGACGGUGGCGCUGCCGGGGAACAACACGGUGCAGAACACGGUGUGGCAGGCUGGCCCGCUCAGUGGCGGGCGAAUAGCGGCGCACCCCAUGUCCGGGCCGAACCUGCAGAGCACCAUGAGGCUGGACUUCCUGUCCGGCGGCAGAAGCGUUGGAACAUCCAACUCCGUGGUGCACCGUCGUAACCUGAGGAAUUUCCAGGGAUGA